GGGGGUCUGUUGGAAGUUGCUGCGGAGCUGGGACUGGAGACCCGCGGCCCCGGCGCCGCGAUGGGUAUGGUCUGAGCUCCAGCCUCUCCCCCUGCCCGAGAGCAGCCGAGGCUGGAUACAUUUUUUAAAAGCCAAACUGCAAACAACUCUGGCGAUGCCAAAAUUCCCCUCCAAGUGACACGGCUUUGCGAAGGAGGUUUCCUCAGGCUGGGCUCUUUUCUCUUAUUCGCUCUGCCUUCAUCAGCGACGAUUAAAGGCUUUGCUCUGGCAUAGGAAUUUAGGAAAAAAAAAAAAAAAAAGCUGCGCUAAACUCUGUCGUGACCUCAAACUCUCCGGACUGGUUUAAAAAAUAGAUUGAAAGAAAAUCCAUCCUGAAAGCGAUUCAGCAUAGGAGGAGAUGGAAGUUUUCCCCUUGCUCUUGGUUUUGUCCGCCUGGUGGUCUCGAACCUGGGACUCGGCGAAUGCGGAUUCAAUCAUUCACAUCGGAGCAAUUUUUGAUGAAUCUGCCAAAAAGGAUGAUGAGGUGUUUCGCACAGCGGUUGGUGACCUCAACCAGAAUGAAGAGAUCUUACAGACUGAGAAAAUCACAUUUUCAGUGACAUUUGUCGAUGGCAACAACCCUUUUCAAGCAGUUCAAGAAGCCUGUGAACUUAUGAAUCAAGGCAUCUUGGCCCUGGUCAGCUCCAUUGGCUGCACAUCGGCAGGUUCCCUCCAGUCUCUGGCAGAUGCCAUGCAUAUCCCCCACCUCUUCAUACAGCGCUCAACAGCUGGGACCCCGAGGAGUGGCUGUGGACUCACCCGGAGCAACAGGAAUGAUGACUACACUCUCUCUGUUCGCCCACCUGUCUACUUAAAUGACGUUAUCCUGAGAGUGGUCACAGAAUAUGCCUGGCAGAAAUUCAUCAUAUUCUAUGAUAGUGAAUACGAUAUCCGUGGAAUACAGGAGUUUUUGGACAAAGUAUCUCAGCAGGGAAUGGAUGUUGCACUGCAGAAGGUAGAAAACAACAUCAAUAAAAUGAUCACCACUCUCUUUGACACCUUGAGAAUAGAAGAAUUGAAUCGCUAUCGAGACACUCUUAGGCGAGCCAUCCUUGUUAUGAAUCCUGCUACUGCCAAAUCCUUCAUUACUGAGGUUGUGGAGACUAAUUUGGUUGCUUUUGACUGUCACUGGAUCAUUAUAAAUGAGGAAAUAAAUGAUGUGGAUGUUCAGGAACUUGUAAGAAGGUCAAUUGGAAGGUUAACAAUCAUUCGGCAGACAUUUCCAGUCCCCCAGAAUAUAAGUCAGCGAUGUUUCCGUGGCAACCAUCGAAUAUCUUCAACAUUGUGUGAUCCAAAGGAUCCAUUUGCUCAGAAUAUGGAGAUUUCAAACCUUUACAUAUAUGACACAGUGCUUCUGCUUGCUAAUGCUUUUCAUAAGAAACUGGAGGACCGAAAAUGGCACAGCAUGGCAAGUUUGUCAUGCAUCAGAAAGAACUCUAAGCCCUGGCAGGGAGGGCGUUCCAUGCUGGAGACUAUCAAGAAGGGUGGAGUCAGUGGGUUGACUGGAGAGCUAGAAUUUGGAGAUAAUGGAGGAAAUCCCAAUGUCCACUUUGAAAUUCUUGGAACAAACUAUGGAGAAGAGCUUGGCCGAGGUGUUCGCAAACUUGGGUGCUGGAAUCCUGUCACAGGGCUGAACGGGUCACUGACUGACAAGAAACUGGAGAAUAACAUGCGUGGAGUGGUUCUCCGUGUGGUGACUGUUCUGGAAGAACCUUUUGUAAUGGUCUCUGAAAAUGUCUUGGGUAAGCCGAAGAAAUACCAGGGCUUCUCCAUUGAUGUUUUGGAUGCCUUAUCUAACUACCUGGGUUUUAACUAUGAAAUUUAUGUUGCACCGGAUCACAAGUAUGGAAGCCCACAAGAAGAUGGGACAUGGAAUGGCUUGGUAGGAGAACUAGUCUUUAAGAGAGCUGACAUAGGGAUUUCUGCUUUAACCAUCACUCCAGAUCGUGAGAAUGUGGUGGACUUUACAACACGCUACAUGGACUACUCAGUGGGAGUACUACUUCGAAGGGCUGAAAAGACAGUGGAUAUGUUUGCCUGUCUCGCACCAUUUGAUCUCUCUCUAUGGGCUUGCAUUGCUGGCACUGUUCUUCUGGUGGGUCUUCUGGUCUACCUCCUAAAUUGGCUUAAUCCCCCACGAUUACAAAUGGGAUCAAUGACAUCUACUACUCUCUACAACUCCAUGUGGUUUGUCUACGGAUCCUUUGUACAGCAAGGUGGGGAGGUCCCAUACACGACUCUGGCUACUCGAAUGAUGAUGGGGGCUUGGUGGCUAUUUGCAUUGAUUGUCAUCUCAUCUUACACAGCAAAUCUUGCUGCUUUCCUCACUAUCACCCGCAUUGAAAGCUCCAUCCAAUCUAUCCAGGACCUUUCCAAGCAAACAGACAUCCCUUAUGGCACAGUACUGGACUCUGCCGUGUAUGAACAUGUCCGGAUGAAGGGAAUGAAUCCUUUUGAAAGGGACAGCAUGUAUUCCCAAAUGUGGAGGAUGAUCAACAGAAGCAAUGGAUCAGAGAAUAACGUUCUGGAAUCCCAAGCAGGCAUUCAAAAGGUAAAAUAUGGAAAUUAUGCGUUUGUAUGGGAUGCAGCUGUAUUGGAAUAUGUGGCUAUCAAUGACCCAGAUUGUUCAUUUUACACCAUUGGAAACACCGUUGCUGAUCGGGGAUAUGGAAUUGCAUUGCAACAUGGCAGUCCUUACAGGGAUGUUUUUUCACAAAGGAUCCUGGAGCUUCAGCAGAAUGGUGACAUGGACAUCCUGAAGCAUAAAUGGUGGCCAAAGAAUGGCCAGUGUGACCUGUAUUCCUCAGUGGACACAAAGCAGAAAGGAGGCGCCCUGGACAUAAAGAGCUUUGCAGGAGUUUUUUGUAUCCUGGCUGCUGGAAUUGUCCUCUCCUGCUUUAUAGCUAUGCUGGAGACGUGGUGGAACAAGAGGAAAGGCUCCCGGGUCCCAUCAAAAGAGGCUUCAUCCCUGCAAAAUGAAACUACAACAUCUGAAAGAAGGAAUGCUUGGCCAUUAAGGCCAUGCUUGAAACUUGGCACCAAUACUUGGAGAAGCCAGGCAUCCGGUCAUGGCCUGCACCAAUCAUCACAACUGGGAGGUCCUCUGGAUGAUCCAUAACAUCUACCAGACCCACAGCUGCCAAUCGCUUUCCCAUCUACCAAUUUCAGGACCCAACAGAUCCUGAAAACUCAAAACUGGUGAGCUGAUGUACUAUAUCCUAAGUUAAAAAUUCUUAUCCAGUUCAAUUAAGUUGAACUCACCAGGCUGUGACACCCAAAAACCUUUGCUGUAAUCCACUUGUAGAAGAGCAACAACAGGAUUGCCCCUUUCGACCAAAGGUCAUGGGUCUUGCCCAAACCACCCCAUUAGCCUUGGAGGGAUGCUUCUAUGGAGUGGAUGUCUUACCUAUGUGUCCUGGUCAGAAGCACUCACACUGAGGUCCAGGUCCAUACCAUGGCAGCUGUGUCCUCCAGCUUCUACCCGUUUAAGAUUCACCGCAGUCUCAACUGUGGGUCUUGGGACUUCUGACGGCCGAGUGUUCAGGAAGAUGUGGAGGACCUAGGAGAAUGUGCCUUGGCAGAAUUGAACCAGAAAAAGACAGAGGCCUCUUCCAUCCCUACUGAAACAUUGGUGAUUGUGAUGAACCAUAUCUGGAGAAUUUUAUCACAGAGCUCUCUCCCUAUUACUAAAACAGCAUUGUCUUCACAUUUGCCCCAACAAUUCACUUUUCUCCAUGCCAAGGGACAUUGCCUUCACCUCCAGUGGGCAUCAAAUACCUGCAUUCCACAUGGAUCCCUGUCUAAGGUAGAGCCUCCAGUUUGAAGCCACAUCUAAUAAAUUUGUCUUUGUAGAUAAAGAUCACUUGGAUCAUGAGAUUACACCCUUGAAAAUAGCAGUGCCUGUGUAUACUACCUACCACCAAAAUAACGGAGUAAUCCCUAUACUCAGUUCCAUAUUCAUCUAUAAUACCUCUUCCAUGCAAAUCAAUUUUGUACAAGUAAAAUGUGGAAGCAUCCCAUAAAACACCCCCACCCCUCAUGAAUUCAACCAGUUUUUAUUGAGGACCUGUCAUGUGCCCAUGUAAAUGGAAGUUUACAUUACAUUCCAAUGGGUAUGUCAUAAAAUUAAACAGCACAAUGAGUGCUAUAGCAUUGUAAUGAUGGCCAUGAGAAUUCCCUCAUCUCUGUUCUUUGACUACCCAAGGAUUGCCUAGUUGCCCAGGCUGACUCACAGAUGAUCUUCUAAUAUGCCAAAGCAACUACUAAGAUUUAAGCCAAUAGGCAGAAGUGCCCAGGGGACCUCCUGCAAGUGGUGAUCCUACGUAUUCUGGUUACUAAUGUAUUAUUUCUAAACCAUCUGACUUUUAAACAAGUUAGAUGCUCACUUACUAAGCGCCUUCCCAUCAUGUCGUCAAACUGGUAGCCCUCAUUGUAGCCACUCUUGGGUAGAAUCAGGCUGUGAAGUUGGAAAACGUGGCUUUAAGUUUGGGUCCUGGCACUUAUUAUGCCUGUGGGCAAAUCACUUAAACUCUUUGGUCUUUGGUGUCUUUCUCUGCAAAAUAAAAAUAAAAACAUCAUAUACGAUACCUACCUCACAGGGUUGUUGUGAGAAUCAAGUGAAAAUGUAUGUGAAAGCACUUUGUAAACUUUGCUAUUUUUGAUCACCCCAUUUUUCAUGGAUUCUUCCUUCUCCCCACCAAAUACAAUACUAUAAUUUACCAUAAGGAUGUACUAUUACACCAUCCACCCCAUGCAAGUGAAUGGUACAAAGAAGAUGAAUUACAUGCCCUCCUAGAUAUCUGGUUUCAGUAUGGUAAUUCUGAUGCCUCACAAGAUGACAAGUAUAGAAGCCACAGGACCAAAGCCAGGGCCCUACUGCUAUAUAGACAGACAUUCCACCAUUAACACAUGAUUGGACCCAGAUACCAGUCAGCCCUCUUGAUGGAAGGCUUUCCCCAGAACCCACUAUAGAGAACCUACUCUUGGCCCCAAAGAAAUAACCAGACAACAAAAAUUCAGGGAAUCACCUGGGCUCUAGCUGCCAAAGAAAUCACCAGCUACUCCAGUGGGGAACAUGCCUCCCAAGGUAGAGUAAGAAAACUUGGUUAAAGGAGACACUGAUCCGAUUAAACAAAUACAAACCAUCCUUACUGCCUGACCUAUUGUUGUUGGGCUGGAAAGAAAAACUCCUUGUCAUUCAUUUAAAGCAAAGAUUUGGUGACACAUUUCUUCUUUAAGCACAGAUUUUCCCUCAAGCCAGCCUGGCUCUUGCCUUUAUGAUUUUGUCUUGUCUGCUCCCUGUCUGUCCAAUAGAUUUGUGCUGAGAUGUAUUCCUGGCUUGCAAGUCUUAUAUGUUCCUCUUACACACACACACACACACACACACACACACACACACACACACCAAUGAAGAAUCCCACCCACAUUUCCUAUGCUACCCUCAUAGCCAAGCCCAAGCCUGACCUUCUAUUUCUAGUGAUUCAAAAUUGAUUCUGGAUUGGCUGAUCGAAUCUGAGUUCAGUCUCACUGGAACAGUCUAUCCCAGGCUGGAAUGCUGACUCUGUUUCAGUCCUGGGUAGAAGUUUCAAUAGAAUACCUAUGGAGUCAUGGAUACCCAUAACUUCUUUAGGAAAAGAAAAUUUAUUUUUGCCUUCUACUUAGAAUAUACCAGCUUCUCCAAAACUAAGAACAUAUUAGCAUGUACCUCCAGGAAUAGCAUAAAGUUUUUAUACUAGAUCUCCUGAGUGAAGAGAAUGAUGCCAAUGUACCAAAAGAUCAGACAGUAUUGGCAUCCCAGAAGCUCUGGAGUAAGAUCUUAAGCUUAAAAUAUAAAAUUUCAACUAUAAUCCAUGCUUCAGUUUCCUGGAGCAAAGGAAGAGGAUUACAGGGAAAAUGUUGAUUCGAUGUUUAUAUCAGUUUUCAAAAUAUUUUUAAAUGUGAUGAAAAAUAAUUCACAAUUUCCUCCUUGCUCUAAGUCAGAAUAGCUGAUCUAAUAUACCAACUCAGUGAGCUGAGAAAUCCCCAAAUCUUUUUUUAAGGCUAUAAUAUUCAAUUUUCAUUUUCAAUAUUUCUAACUUUUUAAAAACUAAAACAGUGUCUUCUAGUUUACAAUCACUACUUGUUGUGGGAAGGAAGCCAGAGAGACUCAGAGUCCCAGCCACCCAAGGUCAGAGGCACUGAGCCAAAGGACCCAGCAAAGAGAGGCCCAAGCCAAGAAGAAAAGCUGUUGCUGAAAUGGCAGACCAAGCAUAUGAAAUAAGAUGAUCUCCAGGUCAUGGUAGUUGAGAAAGAAGAAUAGACAGAUCCAAAUUGGGAAGCAGAUUAAGAUGUUGGAGUAAGUAUCAGGACGAACACAGCUGGGCAAGAGAAGUCACCUCAGCCACACAUGUCUGUCUUACGACAGCCUUUCCUGUGAGUUGCAAUAUUACAUCCUAGUUUUUCAGACGUAAAAUCCUCAGUAUCACUGAUGUCACCCACAUAGCCAGCCUAAAACAGACUACUUUCCUUACCCACAGACAUACCUUUUACUGUCUUGGCUGAUACAAUUUUCUUUUUCAGAGAUUUUAAAUUUUUUCAUAAAUCUUUGAUAAAUUAUUUUAUCAAUAAAAAAACUCUCAAUAAAUAACCUCCCUGGUUGAAUUCUAAUUCCUUCUUUGGUGAUUAAAAAACUGGUAAUAAAAAUGAAUUAGUUUAAUUGAUAAUUUGUCUGCCCUUGCAUGGCCAUGGCUAAGAGGGAAAGGACAUUCUAACAUAGAUUAGAUGUAAGUGAGCUAGAAACAGUUAUAGUGAAAUGCCAGGCAAGGGGUAGCCAAAGAGAUGUUUGAUACUGGCACAUGGAUUAACCUUAAUCUGCAAAUUGUACCUCUCUUUCAAAAGUCACAGGCGAUCAACUCUCCCACUGCCACAUCAGGACACAGAGACUGCAGAGUGAAAGACAGACAUGCAGGGUAGAAAAGAAUAAUGCAGGCAGCAUUUUGCAGCAAGAGGUAGCUGGUUGCAGAGACCAGCCACUCCCCACGGCCGGCAGGAGUGCCAGCCUUUUCAGAGAACUCACAUUAGAAGUUACAGCAGUACAUGGAACCGAGCCAGUACACACAACAGUGGGGAUGGUGGGGAAGUUUCUGUAAUUAAAGACUGAACUCAGCACACUUUGAAACAGACUAAGAACGCUCUACUACUACUGGCAACAAGGAACUGAUUUUGUUUAAGUGAAUGUUCUUACUGAACCUGGUAAAUCAUGAAUCAAUGUGGAAACAAAGGCAAUCCGUGGAUUACAGCCCUUGGGUUAAGAAUAAAGAAGAUAAUCUGAAUGGUACCAGGAGGAACAGACCCCCAUAACAGGAGAGACUGGAAAUUGCUAACAGAGGAGCAUAGUUGUGUGUUCGUUCCAAAAUGCUGUGUAUACAGUUAUGCUUAACCCGACUGCCUAGUAAAUUGCAAUUGGUUCUUA